AUGUGGAUACAUGUAAACGUUGUUUCAAUUGAAAGAAAGGCAUGUCCAAUCGAUGAAACAUCGUGGGGAACUGAAACAAGUGGAUGUGCGUCGAUGAGUUAUAUGACACUCGACGAACGCAUUCUUCCUCAUCACGAACGUCGAUCAUCUAGUUUUGAAUAUGUGAACGGUAUUGCUCGACCUACUGUAACUCAUUGGCCAAAAGGAAGACUUGCUGAUUGGAUGGUUUCUAUUCAAUUUAUUUCGGUUGAUCCUGUAUAUGGCCUGGCUAGAACAUGUGAUCGAUCUGGAUAUGUUCGAGUUUUUCAAAACGAAACAUUGAAUUGGGAACGAGAAUUCUCGGAAAAGACGUUAGAGAUUCAAGGGCAAUGUUUCAUCGCAUCUGUCAAAGUUCAGGCGUCAAAUGAAGUAUGUCCGUGGUGUGUUGAUGAUUCGAAGACAACAACCAAAACAACUACAACUGAAAUUCCAUCAACCGAUUCUCCUGCCGCCUUCCUCUCAUUCGAUUCUUCCAACACAUCAGUCCUCAUUGUAAUGAGUAUUCUUGCUAGUUUUUCAUUCUUGGCACUCACUGCUACUACAAUACUUCUCAUCGUUUACAUCAUGGAUAGAAAGAAACCAGAAUACUUUGAUAUGCCACCACCACAAGCGAAUAGCACUGUGCUUGCUAGAAAUGACCAAAUAGGUUUAUUCACCACAAAAUCAUCCGAACGAUGGACAGAAUAUGGUUCAGAAGCAUGGGCAUCGUUCCAACCACUCAAUGUUGAAGCAGCAUUUAUUUCGCCAAGAGACACUUGCGUUUAUAGAGUAACUCAAGAAGAAGACGACUCAAGUGAUUCUGGAAAUGCCUCCCUGUAA